AUGAAUAAUCAACAACUGAUGCUUGCUUUGGAAAUGCUAGAACUAGACAUUGACAUUUCACAAAAUGCCAGGGCAAUGAUUCAGGCCAUCCAAGAACAGAGACGUGAUCGAAGGCAGCGGAGAUGGUGGACGAGAGAUUGGCUUCUCCGAAGACCUAUCCAUGGCCAGUAUGAAGCCUUAAUGUCCGAGAUGUAUGCAGAAGAUCCAUCUGCAUAUAGGAAUUUUGUACGAGUGGACCCUCUUAUGUUUCAAGAACUGUUACACAUGGUUACUCCAAAGAUUAACAAGCGCAACACUUGGUACAGAAAAUCUAUUGACCCUGGUUUGAGACUAGCAAUUACUCUGAGGUACCUAGCUACGGGGGACAGCUACCACACACUGAUGUAUGGUUUCAGAGUUGCCCACAAUACAAUCUGUGGUAUAGUAAGAGAGGUAUGCGAGGCCAUAGUGUCUGUUUAUUCAGAAGACGUUCUCUUGACACCCACGGAACCUGAACAGUGGAAAGCUAUAGCAGAACAGUUUGAGGCUAAGUGGCAGUUCCCGCACACACUAGGUGCUCUCGACGGAAAACAUGUACCCAUUAGGUGUCAAAAAAAUGGAGGAUUGUUGUAUUAUAACUAUAAAGGUUACCACUCUAUUGUACUGAUGGCUCUAGUUGACGCUGACUACAAGUUCCGAUGGGUUAAUAUUGGCGCUCAAGGUGGAUUUUCGGACGCCCAGAUUUGGAACCAGAGUGAUCUUAAACAAGCGAUUGAAAGAGGAUUAAUGGGACUGCCAACAGCGACCCCUUUUCCCAGUGAUGAUAAACCCAUUGGCUACUAUAUUAUCGCAGACGAUGCUUUUGGUAUGAGGACCUGGCUUAUGAAACCUUUCUCUAGACGAGGUCUUUCUUAUGACGAGAGGAUUUUCAACUAUCGGUUAUCUAGAAGUAGAAGAGUUGUUGAAAAUGCUUUUGGUAUUCUUGCAAAUCGAUUCAGAUGUUUACUAUCAGUCAUGAAUCAGGAGCCCGAAACUGUGCACGUCAUAGUUUCAGCCUGGGUGUGCCUUCAUAACAUCAUGAGAAUGAGAUACCCUGGGGACCAGAACCUUUUACUUGACCAGGAAGACGAAAGACACCAGGUAAUUCCUGGGGCAUGGAGAGAUGGUGUUAACAUGGAUGAUUUACAGAUUACCAGGGGUGGAAAUAUGGACACAUUUGAUGCUAAACAGCAGAGGCUUUAUAUAAAACAUUACCUUAAUUCCCCAGUCGGGUCUGUUCCAUGGCAGGACAAGAUGAUAUAA